AUGGAACCGCAGAUUUAUUCUUUCAACUCUUCAACUCCAUCCAACCUUCUUUUUUCGCAAAGUUAAAAAUGUCCGCGGACCAUUCUUUGCAUGACCCGCUCCAGGGCGUCGAAGAGGCUGCCGAGUACCGUGAGAAGUACAACCGUCAGCUCUCUGACAACGACGUCGUCGCCCUGCGCCAGCAGGCCCUGGCCGAAAUCGACAACGCCAAGUUUGGCAUGUUCCACGUCAAGGCAUGCAUGGUCGCUGGUAUCGGAUUCUUCACUGACAGUUACGACAUCUUCGCCAUCAACCUGUGCUCGCUGAUCAUGGGCUACGUGUACUACGCCGACGCUGUCGGUCCGGCCAAGAACACGACGCCUACCAACAUCGACAUGUGGAUCAAGGGUGCUACCCAGCUCGGUUGCAUUAUCGGACAGUUCACGUUUGGAUACCUGGCUGACCGUCUCGGCCGCAAGCGCAUCUACGGUGUCGAGCUCAUCAUCAUCAUUGUGUGCACCAUCGGUGCUUCCUUCUCCGGAAACACUAUGCGUGGUCUGUCUGUUUACUGGGUCCUGUUCAUCUGGCGCUUCGUCCUCGGUAUUGGUAUUGGUGGCGACUACCCCGUGUCGGCCAUCAUUACCUCCGAGUUCGCGACCACCAAGAACCGUGGUGCCAUGAUUGCUGCGGUCUUUGCCAUGCAAGGCUUUGGUAUUGUCGCUGCUGCCAUUGUGGCCCUUAUUGUGCUUGCAUGCUUCAAGGGCGCUGUCGAGGGUGACCAGCUCAAGCUCGACUAUGUCUGGCGUAUCAUCAUGGGUCUUGGCACGACCCCGCGCUACACCAUUGACAUCGAGCAGAACGUCAAGCGUGCUGCCAUCGACGUCCAGACCACAGUCAACGGCCGCCGCGACCUGGGUGAUGAGGCGUAUGCUGCCCAGGCCGCCCACAACGACAAGAAGGUCAAGAAGCCCAACUGGACCGAGUUCUACAACCACUUCAAGAAGUGGAAGCACUUCCGCGUGCUCAUGGGCACUGCCGUGACCUGGUUCGCCCUCGACGUCGCGUUCUAUGGCGUCAACCUGAACUCGUCCAUCAUCCUGCAGGCCAUCGGCUUUGUGUCGUCCGAGAGCCCCUACAAGGCGAUCCUGAAGAACACCGCCGGUAACAUCAUCCUCAACCUGCUCGGCACUCUGCCUGGCUACUGGGUCACUGUGUUCACCAUUGACCGCCUCGGCCGCAAGACCAUCCAGUACAUCGGCUUUGUGAUGCUGCUGAUCCUCUUCUGCAUUCUCGGGUUCGCAUACCACCAGAUCCUGGACAAGUCGGUCGCUGCCUUUGUGGUCCUCAUCACGCUGGCAAACUUCUUCCAGAACUUUGGCCCCAACACCACCACCUUCAUCAUCCCCUCGGAGGCCUUCCCGACCCGCUUCCGCUCGACCUGCCACGGCAUCUCGGCGGCGAGCGGCAAGAUCGGCGCUGUCAUUGCCCAGCUCGGCUUCUUCCACCUCAAGGACCGCGGAGGCAAGAACAAGUUUAUCCCGCAGCUGAUCCAGAUCUUCGCGCUGUUCAUGCUCGUCGGUCUGCUCUUCACCUGGUUUGUGCCCGAGACCAAGGGCAAGUCGCUGGAGCAGCUCAGCGAGGAGAGCGAGGAUUGAAUGGAUUCGCUCCCUGCGCGCUGUUAAUUUCCCUCUCGUUUUUUCGUUAAUUCUGUUCCCCCUACCGUUCCAUGAUAAACUCCCAACAUUGUACCCGCCCCGCCAGGUUUGAAUGUAUUCCCAACGCAGCGACCAAGAGCAGCUAGCAAGCACACAACUACUAUAUAUAGCGAACGACAUUUUCCUUG